AUGGCGCCGCUCAACACGGCUUGCCCUCUCUCUGGCCCGGUGCGGCGACGGCUCAAAGCGAAUCGAAUGGAUCAGUCGGCCGCCGUCGAUGUCACGGACGCCGUCAGCCGCAUCGAGGCGGCAGCCGCCUCCAUCCCUAUCCACGUUGCCCGGCGUCCGGGGCCAGCGGCCGCCGAGGUCCUCGCCAGGGCAUACGAGAAGGCGACCGCCGGCACGAGUACGUGGUAUCGCACCGGCAAGCGUGCCCUCCACCAGCCGCAGCUCGAGCGGUUCGUGGGCGAGCUGACGCACUACCUCGACAACGUCACCGCGAUUGUGGAGCUGGGCGCUGGGAAGGGCCUCCUUGGGAGGGUGCUGCAAGACGUCAGUGCGAUCUCUCGGGGUGACAGGGGUGCGCUGCCGCUAGUCGCCAUCGAGCAGCGGGAGUGCCCCACCUACGACUCCCGCGAGCACGACGUGACCAGGCUGAACGGCACGUCGGUCGCCCAAGGCUUCGUCCUCGACGACAAGAUCCCGCACGGCGCGCUGGUGAUUGCAAAGCACUUUUGCGGGAACGCGUCCGACGAGGCUGUCCGGCUGAUCCUCGCCAGCGAGCGGGUCGCCCUCGCCGCCCUCGCGCCGUGCUGCCACCCAGCCAUGCAGUGGGAUGCGUUCUGCGCGCGCGAGGCCAAAGGCCCGCUCGGCGCCCUUCUGACGGAGGCGCACUUCCCCGCGCUCGGCGCCGACAGCUGCUACCGGGCCGGCCGUGCGGCGCGGGUCGUCCUCGAGGCGGCGCGGCUGCAGCAGCUGGCGGCCGCCGGCUUCUCGACCGCCCUCGUCGAGUACGCGCCAGACAACCUGAUCCUGCUCGCCGCCCGGCCGAGCAGCUCCCUCGAGCGCGGUCUCGGCCCGCUCAUCCAGACGCCGCGCCCGAGCGGCCUGCACCUGCCGCCGAGCGGGGUGGAGCUGCGCGAGCGCGGCGAGCGCGCGAUCGAGUCGGCUCCCUCGGCCGGCGGCGGCGCCAGCACCCUCGCGCCGUGCGUGGUUGCGGGCGGGGAGGCGGAGGCCGUGCUCAAGGCUCUGAUGGCGUCGGAGGUCCUUUGCCGCUCGAUCGACCAGAUCACCCCGUACGACCGCUCGGCUUGCGUCGCCCAUUCCAGGCUUUCGGCGGAGGCGGACGCGGCGGCCGUCGCGCUGCCACGCGACAGCCUCGCCGGCCGCGGGCAGACCUUGGCUGAGCUUGCCGACAGGUGGGUGGCCGGGGAGCUGCAUCGUGCCGGCGCGGCGGUGUCGCCCUCCGCCUUCAGCCACACGCUCUUCGAGGUUGCGGAGAGGCACCCGCGGUGCGACCCGAGGGGGAAGCGGAUCGGCGUCGUCGCCACCUCGAAGGGGUCGGCCGAGGGGCGCGCCUAUGAGGCGGUGCUGUCUGCGCUGCAUGCCACCGUGGACGUCAUCCCGGAACGCACCGCCGAAGAGUCCGGGGCGGCGCCAGCGAAGCACGCAUACGACAUGCUCAUCGUGGCCAUCGAUCGCGGGGAUGUGCCGGCGGUGGCCGCCACACACCGCGAGCUGCUGAAGCCGGACGGCGUGCUGUGCGCGCGAGCAAAGCUUGGGGCGCAGGCGCGCGGGCGGCGGAUCACGGAGCAGCUGCUGGCUUCGUGGCGCAAGCACGCCUUCCCGACGCCGACCGUGCGGCACCUUCUCGCCGACAAGGAGACUGAUAGAACCAUAAUCGUUGAGCUCUGA